AUGCUUUUAAAAUUUCAUUCGAAUUUCAGUUUACUAAAUUUUAUUAGUUUAGCUGCUAUCGCGAACAGUUUAUUUGAGCAGUGCAAUCAUAUGGUAGAUUUGAAGGCCGGCCACAAAAUAUUUAUAAAUUCGCCCUUCUAUCCAAAUCCAUUUCCGGCUGGCACUUCUUGUCGUUAUACGUUGCAGGCACCGCGCGAUUACCAACUCGAUUUCAAGUGCAAUAUCGAUAUAUAUAUGACACCCGCUGUGUCCACAGCUCAGUUGACUGGACGUUGUUAUGAUGAGAUUUUCUACUUCAACCGUGAAGGAAGUGAACUUUUAUCCGGCUCCGAAUAUUUUUGUGGCAGUGGCAGCAUGGAGAGGACAAGUUUUCUCAACCGUGCUGUGAUUUCGUAUAUAUCCACGCGUUCGCCGAUAAGGCCAGUUGGCGCUGGGCUGAAAGAUGCCACAAAAGUUGGCGUGCAAGGGGGCUCAACCACAACAAAUACAACAACGGCGGGAGCUGCGGCACUGAACGGCACACCACUGAAACCGAGUGUAUUUGAUAACACGACGUCAACACAUAUUGGCAUGAGCAAUGUGUUUGCCUAUUUAGCCACAAUACUGUCCAACAGCAUCGAGACAAGCGUUUUAAUAGCGCCACCUCCUCCAAAAGCAGACAAAAAUGUGAAAAACAAAAGCCAUCGCCGCAAAGUGACAAAACCAACGCGGCGUAUUUCUUCGACAGCAGCCAGCACAGAUUUGCUAUUGUUUUCUUUGGAUCCAUUGCACGCAUACAACGGACGAAAUGGCUCGGCGGAGCUAUCGAAUGCUGCUCACAUCAACCUUCAACCGAUAAGUAAUAUUAGCAAAUCGUUGGACCAACGCGAUUUUCGAAUUAUAACGUAUACGUCGAACUAUGACGGAUACGCAGGUGGCACGGGUAAUGGUCGCUUCUCUUGUUUAGUCGAGGCUGUUGAGGCACAUUGCGAUUGUGGCUGGAGCACGCACUCACUGAAAGUGGUGAAUCCGUCGUCCAGUGUGGCUGGCGUUAAUGAGUUCCCCUCCAUGGCAGGUGUGUUGACGGUGAAGUAUGGGAAGGUUUUCUGCGGUGCAGUUACAAUUCACCACCGCUUUUUCCUGUCCGCGGCGCAUUGUUUCAUAUCUGCUGCCACAAAUCGCUCGGAGCUGAUUCAGGUGGUUGUUGGCGAACACGAUCUCUCAACUGCGCUCGAGUCGGUCUACACCCGCUACUACAACAUCGACACGAUAAUUUUGCAUGAAAACUUUCGCGCAACCGCCAACCAGCUUCGCAACGAUAUUGCUCUAUUGCACACAUCCGAAACGAUCGAGUGGAAUGGUGGUGUGGCCCCUGCUUGUCUACCUUUUCGAUCGAUUACCGGCACAGAUGGUGGCGUUAAGCCGCCUAUAGCGGGUCAACGUGUGGAGACUGCUGGGUGGGGCAGCAUUUCUUUUGGUGGCCCGCAGUCCACGUUAUUGCUGACCACGCACUUGGAUGUGGUUGGCGCUGAGGAAUGCCGUAUUGCGUUGGGCGCCGUACCGCCAGCAACCUUUUGCACGUUCACACCGGGACGCGACACUUGUCAGUAUGACUCGGGUGGUGGAUUAUAUUUGCGCGAAGGAGGACGCUUGUUUGUUGUGGGCAUUGUUAGUUAUGGAUACGGCUGUGCUGCGCGGCAUCCUUCAGUCAAUACGAAGGUGGCUUCGUACAUACGGUGGAUUAAGAGCCAAACUUCACAAGUGACAUAUUGUAUAAAGUAG